AAAAUACUUUAGUGUUAGUCUCAGUUGCGCCGACAGUCGCACGCGCAGGCGCUGUCACAACGCCCUUUUCUAGACCGCAAUAAUUAUUGAUAUUGUCACCUUAUCGCUUUGUUUAUAUUAAAAUCAUUAUAUAGUGUGCCGUCGUCGAAGUAAGCGGCUUAGAAAUAGUGGAAAGUGCAUAAUAUAAGUUUGUUACAGAGCAAAAUGUAUCGUGUGAAGGCGAUUGAGGUGGCAGAGGAAUACCAAAAGAACCCUGGAUUGACACCUGAUGACAUUGGAAAGCUACGUGAAUGGCUCACUACACAACCCCACCUACCGUCCAAAUAUAUCACUGACUUGGAUCUAAUCCUAACGUACCACUGCUGCGAGAAUAGUGCCGAGGUGAGCAAGCAGGUGUUGGACUUGCAUUUCACGCUAAAGACCCUUUUCACUGCUUUCUUCAGCCAACGCGUCCUCGAUCAACGCCUGCGCACUGCACUCAGAACUGCGCUGAUCCAGCCGCUGCCCACACCUUCCGUAAACGGCUACAGAGUCAUAUACUGCCGUCUGCUCGACACUGACUCUAAAAACUUCAUCUUUUCUGACAUCGUCAAGCUUUUCUUAAUGGUAUUCGAGCUGUGGCAGUACGAAGAAGGAACCUGGCCAGGUUUCGUAAUAAUGGUCGAUAUGGACCAGGCGACGUUGGCCCAUAUCGCCCAACUGGACGUCAUGAGCGUAAAGCAGGUGCUAUACUUCUUGCAGGAGAGUAUGCUUGUGAAACUAAAGGAGGUGCACUUCCUGAACGCAACAUCUUUGAUCGACAAACUGAUGAUGCUUAUCAAGCCCUUCAUGAAGAAGGAGCUGCUUGACAUCCUUCGUAUUCACCAGCGAGAUUCUGACACGCUAGACCCUUUCGUGCAUUCUCACUCUCUACCCAAAGAGGACGGGGGCGACUUUAAGAGUAGGAACAUACUUAAAGAAGAGCAGUUGAGUCGAAUCGAGGCAAACCUGGAGUUUUUCGAGAAAGAAAGUAAGAAGCGAGUGGACGAGUCAGUUCGGCCGGGCAAGAAGACCACCAUCGAAGAUGUGUUCGGAAUACAAGGCAGCUUUAAGAAACUCGAUAUAGAUUGACAGCGAUCACAGAUCACAUGCCUACGUCAGUUGAAGGCCUAAUCGCACCGGAGCCCAAAGAGGUUCACUGAGAUGUUUUAGUCAAUUUAUGGGCGAACGGUUUAGUUAAGUUUUAUUAAGUAGGUACUCAAGACUGGGGAAUUUUAAAGCACUUGAAUAUGCAAAAUGCAAAUAAUUGUUUAAUUUAUAAUUGCUAAAAAAAUAUGAUUGAGGAAAUAAGGUAAACUACGCCGAAAGAAUUCUCGGCGACUGUAAUAUUAUGUAUGACUCUAUUUCCGUGUUUUAUUCCAAUUUCGUGCAACAUUUAAACGUAAGAAAAACCAGCGAAAGCAGAUAACCUUACCUUACAUUGUCUAUAAAUUAAUUAAGCUUCAGAUCACUAUUAAAAGACAAUUUCAUAUAUAUAUUAAAUUAUACCUUUUGCUAUUUAAAAUAUUAUAUAACCCCACACACAAAACGAGUAUUAUGUAGACGAGUGCACCAUCAAGUGAACUGUCGCUCUGUUAAUGGUGCGAGUGUGUGAAUUUCAAUUUGCAAUUAGACAACGUAAUCGCACUCGAUUCAAGUGCUUUUUAUGAAAAUUUGCUAAAUAUUCUAUCAAGUAAUUACUAUAAUGGACUCUAUAAACGCUUCGUCGCCCAUACAAACAGAUUUAAAUGCACCAAUUAUUUACAAUCAUUCAUCACACAAGGAUAAUGCUAUUUUUGACUUUGCAACAUUGACUUUGGGACUAGUUUUGUGUGAAACGAUAAGCGGCUUAAACAGUGAUGUUCGGCCUAUAUAAAGUGAUGAAGUAUCGGUGUCCAGUUGUAUUUCAUUGUCGCAAUGAAGGUUCUGGUGCUGUUGUUUGCGUUGUUGGCGGUCAUAGUCGCAGCUGUGGGCGGUAUGAGUGUGGGCCGCAGCGCGGGCUUUCAAGGUCCUGAGGCGCCCGCCGGCUGCAACGGCCGGGGACCGCCGCCACCACCACCACCGUCCAAUUCAACGGGCUAAAUGCCGAUAACCAGGACAUCUUCUGGCUCAACACAAGCUCUCGACAACGGAUACUGAAUAAACUGUACAACUCUG